AUGGUACCCAGAAACCAAACACGUGUUUCAGAAUUUAUCCUUUUGGGACUCUCAGAAGAGGCAGAUCUACAGCCCCUCCUCUUUGGACUGUUCCUGUCAAUGUACCUGGUCACCUUUACUGGGAAUUUGCUCAUCAUACUGGCCAUCAUAAUGAAUUCCCACCUCCACACCCCCAUGUACUUCUUUCUCUCCAACCUCUCAUUUGCAGACAUUUGUUUAACUUCCAACACGAUCCCAAAGAUGCUGCUGAACAUUCAGAUACAGAAUAACGUCAUUACAUAUGAAGAUUGCAUCACCCAGAUGUUUUUUUUCAUGUUUUUUAUAGGAUUAGACCAUUUCCUCUUGAUAGUGAUGGCCUAUGACCGGUUUGUGGCCAUCUGUCACCCAUUGCACUACAUGAUCAUUAUGAAGCCCAAGUUCUGUAGUCUCCUACUUAUGGCAUCUUGGUUAUUGAGUGCUCUGCAGUCUCUACUACAUAGCUUAAUGGUUUUGCGGUUGUCGUUUUGUACAGAAUUGAAAAUCUCCCACUUUUUCUGUGAACUUAGUCAGGUAGUCCGACUUGCUUGUUCUGGCACUUUACUCAAUGACUUAGUCAUUUAUUUUGCAAGUGGAGUUCUGGGUGUUAUUCCACUUACUGGGAUCUUUUUCUCAUACAGUAAGAUUGUGUCCUCCAUUUUGAGAAUUUCAUCAGCUGAGGGGAAGUCUAAAGCCUUUUCUACUUGUGGGUCUCACCUCUCAGUCAUUUCCUUGUUCUAUGGUACAGGUUUUGGAGUUUAUCUUAGUUCUGCUGCUACACAAAACUCCAUUGCCACUGCAAUUGUCUCAGUAAUGUACACUGUGGUCACUCCCAUGCUUAACCCUUUUAUCUACAGUCUUAGAAAUAAGGACAUAAAGCAGGGCCUAAGGAAACUUUUCACCUGA